CUGAAGGCGACAAAAAAGAAAUCGCGACGCUGAACGCGUAGAUACUGCGCUUCGUCGGUUGCCUUCUUCCUUCAUCAAUUGCUGUCGACAAAUGCGAAGGGCUUGAGCUGCUCUUCACAUUGGGGCCUUCGCUGGACUGGUCGUAUAGACGGUAGACGCAUCUACGCAGGUUUCGUAUCUGCCCGACGGAUCUUUCUUCUCUCUCCUCUCUUCUCUAGUUCUCUUCCGCAUUUUUUCUCUGUGUCGCUGCCUUUCUUUCUCCAUGUUUUCGAUUUCCUCCGUGGAUUCCGCCGUCCCCGCUUUCCCCGCUGUCCUGAGUCGGCCGCUGACGCGAGCAAGUGCAGAAGGUUGAGUUCUGUCGACGCCUGAGGCAUCUGGAAAACUUCCUUCACCUUGUUAUCUGUCUUCUUCCCUGCUUCCCUCUCUCCUUCGUCGCCAUGGAGACGGGGGCUCUUUCCCCGCCAGUCUUGUCAUCUUCUUCUUCCUCUCCGUCCUCUUCUUCCUCUCCUUCUUCUUCCUCUCCUUCUUUUUCAUCUUCUUCCUCUUCCUCUCCUUCUCCCCUUUCGAUCCCUUCUGGAGCAGGGAAAGAGCGCGAGCUUGCAGGAGCUGCGUCACCUGGCGAGGCGAAGAGAAAGAAGCAGAAACGCGCAUUCAACUGGGACGCUGUACCUACAGCCCACUUUCUGCUCAAGGUCGCGUACGAUGGCAGCGCCUAUUCUGGCAUAGCGUAUCAGGGCGAACACUCAGCUGUACGUACUGUUGAAGGCGAACUCUUUGCCGCUCUGGAGAAAACAUGUCUCAUUCGAGACAGAAAUAACUGCAACUUCUCCAGGUGUGGGCGCACAGACAAAGGCGUCCAUGCGGCCGGCAACUGCGUUUCGCUCACCCUUCGAGUAAAGGAUCCGGCGCAGCGGCGUUUUCCGGAAGAGAACUAUGACUACGCUGCGGUCCUCAACGCGGUGCUUCCUGGAGAUAUUCGCAUCGUUGCGUCUGCGCCGGUCUCUCCAACUUUUGACGCGAGAUUCGACUGCACCGGGCGCGUCUACAAAUACUUCUUCCACUCUGAGGGCCUGGACCUGCAGCGCAUGCAUCAGGCGGCUCAACGAUUCGUGGGCGAACACAACUUCCGCUACUUCUGCAAGCUCGAUCCUCGCCAGUACAGGAAUCCGAGACGGACGCUCACGUCCUUCGCCGUCGAGUCUGCCGGCGACGGCGUUUGCGCCGUGGCGACCAUCGCCGGUCGGUCCUUUUUAUGGCACCAAGUUCGCUUCAUGAUGGCGGCGCUGCUGAAGGUGGGUCGGGGGUCGUGCGACGAAUCCUACAUCGUCGAUUUACUGAAGAGAGGAGAAGAGGAAGAGCGAGAAGAAGAGGAAGAGCGAGAACACAGAGAGAGAGAACAGGAGAGAAAGCAAAGAGACGGAGGUGAAGAGGAGAGAGACCAAGCAAGAGAGAUGGGAGACGAGACAGAAGUCAAGAAGGAGCGACGUGAAGACGCAGCUGCGUUACCGCGGGAGCCUCAGGAAGAAGAGAAACUCGAACCUAGAACCACCGACCGCGUCUCGCCGCCUCCUUCUUGUUCUUCCUCUUUCUCUCUCGCUCCUUCGUCGUGUGUUGCCCCGAGUGCCGAGCCACCAGGCUCCCUUGAAAAGCAUGGAGGUCGCGAGGAGGGGAAGAAGAGGAAGCGCGAGAAAGUGAAGGCGAAGGCGUUUUCAGCUGGGCUCGCUCCCGCAGCGCCUGGCUGUCUCGUCCUGUUCGACUGUCGCUUCGACUGCGUCCGCUGGGAUAGACGAGACCGGCGAGGAGAGACGGGGGAGAGCGGAGGCGAGGAAGCAGCGAGAGAGGUGGAGACACCGAUGCACUCAGCGCAACGGAACGCUGGCGCGAGACUCGACGUGGAAAAGAAGAGAGGCGCCCUGAACACCAGAGAGACCUUUCAGAAUCAAUGCCGGAAGGCGCUGGAGCGCGUUCAGGUGCUUCGGUGUCUCGGCGGGAUGCCUUGAAGAACCGGCGACGAGAAACCUUCGUUUCCUCUCCGCUUUUGCGCGUUUGUGUUGCGCUUCGUUGCACUUGCCGGUGCUUCCUUCUCUGCUCCUCCUUUCGAGGUCCGGCGUUUCUUCCUGUCUCUCCCUCUCUGUCUCCAGAUUCUUCUUGAGGCAUCUGAUUCUUGAUGCUGCUCUGUCUUCUCUUUUUUGGGUGUUCCUCGUUUCCUAGUUUUGAUUCGCCUUCACUUGUUUCGGCUAUUCUCGUUAUUGUUCUUUUGAUUACGACCUCUUUCUCUUGUUUCACCCAGUUGUUUCCCCUUGUCAUUCUCUCCGUCGCAUGUGCGACCGGCCUCUUCCCCACAGCAGCGUACCCUUGCAUGUUCCUGGAAGAAGGACCUUCGAUUGCGGAGAACUCUGUGUCGAGAGCUUCCCCUUGAAGGCUGUCCUUGUUUUCCGUUUUUUCGUUCUACGAUCUUCCUCUAAAGGACAUUUCUCCUCCAGCUUUGGUGUUCGCUCUCGCCUUCGUUUGCCAACAGAAAGGUUCAGAAAAAGAAACAGCUCUG